GGAUCAACCGACACCUGGCUUCCAUCAAGAAAAUGUUGGUUUCUAGAUAUCUCGUGUUGGUUCAUUCGAUUUUAUGACAGUUCGAAAUCAUCAACGUAUCAGUCAAAUGGAACAAAGUUUGAGGUAAAAUACAUCGUUGGUAGUUACUCUGGAUUUUGGAGCAUGGAUACAAUGCAGAUAAACUCCUUAGUUGUUCGCAAUCAGGCGUUUGCUGAAGUAACAAAUGUAUUCUCUGAUGACUUCUUUGCUAAUGAAUUCGAUGGAAUAAUUGGUAUGUCAAGGAGAAAUGUGUCAAUAUAUGGGAACACUCCAUUCUUCCCCAACAUACUUUCUCAAUCAAAGGAUAUGGAUCCAGUGUUUUCAUUCUACCUGAGUCGGAAGAAUGGUCUUGCUGGUGGAGAGAUGGUGCUGGGUGGUGUUGAUCCUGAAUAUUUUACUGGAGAUUUCGAAAACUUGCCUGUCCUCUCUGCAAAUCGUUGGAUUGUUAACAUCAAAAGCUUGAAGGUGAAUGGAGUGGAGUAUUGCGAUGCAGCAUGCUCUGGUAUUAUAGAUACUGGGACAUCCUUGAUAGUCGGAUCUAAUGCAGUGGUGGGUAAAAUUAAUUCCCAACUCGGUGCCGUAUCUGCAACGGAUGGGGAAUAUAAAGUCGACUGCGGUAAUCUCAAUAACCUUCCUCCCAUUGAGUUUAUCUUCAAGGAGAGAAGAUACGUAUAUCAAGCAAAAGAUUACGUGGUUAAAGAUUCCAACUGGCUAUCAACAGACUGUCUAUCACCUUUCAGAGGCAGUGGUAAAUUGUCCAAGGGAUUCUGGAUUCUUGGCGAUGUAUUCAUGAGAAAAUUCUACACUGUAUUCGAUUUCGGUGAGAGGGAGAUAAGAUUGGCUGAUGUUGACGAUGGAUAAAGCUUUUGGUACCGAAACCAGUAAAUCACUGAACAUAAACAUGUUUUACGAAAUAAAUUAAGAAGUUCUUGUUUAGCACAUAUCAUUUAUUUCUUGAAGAUCUUUCUGCAAA